AUGGUCGCAAUCACGGCUCUCCUAGCCAUAGGCCUCUCCACCCUCACAUACGCCGCUCCAUCUCCCAAUACAGCACCACCAAGCUACAAUCAACCUAAACCCAACAAAUGCGGCAAGAUCGAUGCCUUUCUAACAGGUCUACCGCCAAAUCACCCAUUGGUGAUCGAGCAAGGAUAUAAUCCGACCGCUGUCAACAAUGCCUUGAGAGCGGACCAGAAGAAUAUCAUUGCCGCGGGUUAUAAUGUUCGAUAUAUGCUCUCAGGCCCAGAGAAAGGCCAAGGGAUCGUCGCGCGCAGCGGCUGA